AUAAUAACAAAAAAAAAAAACAGGAGUUGUGGAUUAUUCUCUGUCUCAGCCGUCACUCUCAUCCUUAAGGGUCCCAAUUUCAGAUGGAAAUGGAGUUUCAUCAUUUAUGACAUUUUCCACCUUUGUAUUAAAACCAGUCCAAUUGCAGAUAUACAAAAUGUAAAAUAAAAAAAAAAUGGAAAUUUACACGGUCUUCUUCAUUCACAUUAUACCCUUUGCUUAGCGAUUGCUCCUUCUCUUUCAGUUUUGUGGAGAUUUGAAACAGAAAGACAAGAAAGCGGUGAAAGUGCUGUAUUUUUUUAAUUAAUCGAGCUAUGAAUUCUCCAAUUCAUGCCCCUUCACCACCUUCCUCUUCAUCUUGCUCGUAUAACCGUCCUCCUCCUUGCCUCAGUCCUGGUUCUCGUAAUUUCAAGUCACCUCUGUUGUUGCCACAGACAAUCCGUACCUCUCAAAAGAUGUAUCGCUGCUCUGGAGGCCAUGUGGAGGCUUCUUCUAACACUAAUCCUUUGAAAAAUUAUGUAAUGGGAAGAAGUACUUCAGGGUGGUUUGAAACACAGCCCUUGGUUUCUGAGCAGUUAGUCAGGAGGCGCUUGUUGCCAGUUGAAGCUUUAGCAACUCCAACAGUUCAAGAUUUAUCUGAUACACCUCUUAUCGGUGAUGAUAAGAUUGGAGUGUUAUUGUUGAACCUCGGAGGUCCAGAGACUCUAGAAGAUGUCCAGCCUUUUUUGUUUAACCUUUUUGCUGACCCAGUAAUAUUCUAGCUUUAACACACUAUC